GUCCAUAGUUUAACUUGAUUCAGCAAAUCUGUAGUCAUUUCAGUCGGAAGACUUAUCAGUUUGGAAUCGCGAACCUUGGACUCCACUGGAAAUUGCUCGUAGUUCUUCUUCUUCUCGCAUUUGUAUUGUUCCUUUAUGAACAAUCUUUCGGAGAAUGUGGCAUGUUCCAUCAUUGGUAUUCCAGGGCAGCACUCUUUUGGAAAAUCUUAUGGUUAUUCUCCCUGUUGGUGUUGUGAUCUUUCUGUAUCAGCACUUCACCCGUGGAACUAAGCUUCGCUACUGGUACGCUAGCCGUGGCUGUAUACCAGGCCAUAAGCUUUCGUUUGUUUACAAGGCGUUUGACAGACAGACGCCAAAGGUAAAUGGAAUAGAGUUUGAUUGGGAGAAGUUAAAAAACAAACUGGGUUUGACAUUUGAAGCCAUGGAUCGUCCAGGGAUGCACUACUACCUCAACAUAGACCGCUGUGCUUACGGAGGCGUUGUUCAAGUGGCCCCUUGGUUGGAUGACUUUCCUUUAGUAAGAGGUCCAGAGAUCUUUGCGGUAAACUCUGAGUACACUCAAGUGUAUUAUCACGACGACGGCGAGUGGCAUCCCUAUAGAAGUGCAAGAGACAUCCGUUAUACUAUCGAACAUAGAUAGAUUAAUCAGCAGAUUUAUUUGAAGGGGACAAAAUCCUCAUGAAGAAAGCAUUAAUGUGUGAUAGCUUAGAAAACUUUUCUUUAAAUGAAAUGUUAGAGGAAAUUUGUCGCGAGCGUGGGUUAAAAGGACAAAAUCUCUAAUUUGCAAUAAAGAUUUGAGUCCUCACCCUUUGAAUACUGGGAGAUUCUCCACUGCUAAGCAACACAGUGAGGCAAGCUCAGACACAGACAACUCAACAUAGACAAUAGUGUAAGACAAAGCUACUUCUCAAAGGAGGAUGUGGAGUUGUAGGGGCUGGCAACUAGUUAGAGAACUGAGUCUUUAGAACGGUUUGAUAAAUAUACUAUUUUCAGGUUGUCAUUAAUAAUUAACGCACAAAUUCAGUCCUGAGGUCCUCUCUUCUUCUCUCUGACAUUGUGGCCUACAUUGUUGCGUGGUCCUUGCUGCUAUAAAUAAUCAACGACUAUUCACCUUAGCGGAAAUGGUUAGUGAGAUAAUAUAGCACACAAAGACGAUUUAAACUCAUUUAUUUCUGCAACGAUUGCAAUAUUUUUGGCGCAAGUCCCACACGAGUUGCUUGGAGAUGAAUAGCAAAGGACAUUCGGAGUUUUAGUAGCCAAUCAGAAUGCAUCUUUUUACGCUAUCCACUGUUUUAUCAUAUACUGAUUUGACUUUUACCUGGAAGGUAUCUCAUCUUAUCCUAAGAGAUAUCGGUUUCCAGCGAAAGCCACUUUUCUAAAGAAAAGCAAAAAGCAUUUUCGAAUAAACAA